AUGCUCUGUCCGUGCGCGCUAGGCCUCUUUCGGACGUCACUUGACCCGGCCGCCCAAAGCGUGCACAUGCUUCAUGCCAAUCCCAACCUCACCCUCGACGCCCCUCGCCGCCUCGCCGCCUCGCCGCCCCUCGUCAUUCACCACGCGCCCUCUGCCAAGCCGCUGCGGGUGAUGCGCCGCCAGUCCAAGGUUCACGCCUCCCACCAGCCCGGUGCACCGCCGGCCAGCCUGGUGCCGCCUCCAGCCCAACCGCCAGAGGGAGAGCUCACCGACACCACUCGCCCCAGCAACUCCCACAGGCACACCCGCCCCGUGGCCUCGUCGCCCGCCCUCCGACACCAGCCUGUCGCUCUGCCCUGCUGCGACGCCUGCUCCUACUCCUGCUCCUCCUCCUCCUCCUCCUACUCCCCCUCCUACCUGCUACUGCUACUACCUGCUACUACCACUACCACUCCCACUACCACUGGCCUGCUAUCCACAUCCCACUCUCCCCCAUCCACCGUCCCCCCCCCCAGCCAGCCAGCCCCGCCAACCACGCGCGCAACUUGUCUGCGCCGCCCUGGGGCCACGCCUGCCAGCCCUGGCCUCGCUGUUCCGGCUGCAUCCUGCUCUACUCUCACCCUCUCUCACCCUCUUGGCCACCUCCGCACCAUGUGCUCUCGAGCGCACUCUCGCUCUCCUUCCCCUCGCUGUGCCUCUUCUUACGCGCGUGUGCUGUCGCUUGCUGCUGCUGCUGCUCUUGCUGCCCCUCUGGCGCCCUUGAUCCGACGUCGGCCCUUGUUAUACGCCGGCCGACGUCCUUCCCCCCUCCCCUCAUUCGCACUCGUCUCUCCCCCCUUCUCAUCAUCCUCACGCGCGCCCAUGUCUAUUUUCCUCUCCGACGGCCGUUUCUGCGAGCCCACCAGGGCCUCAGCGCUGCCGCAUGGCCAGAGUUUCGCGUCCUGCCUCACCAGCGGCCGCCGUCCAGGAACGUGA